AUGGCGGCACCUCCUGUGCUCACGUUCUUGUUGCUUCUGCUCGCUAAAGCCCUCUCACAUGCAUCAACCGCAGCGGCGGCACUGCCGGCACACUCCAAUGACCCCAAUCCAUUCCCGCCAAUCACUCCAUUGCACCUGCAUCAGGCUCGCCGGCAGCAGCGCCUCCGUCAAGCAGCAAGCAGCAGCCCGGACGCUACUAAGCUCGUCACCGCGGCCGCCGAUGGCACCGACACCAUGGCGGAGCCGCCGUUCACGGAGCACUACUUCCCGCAGGAGCUGGACCACUUCACCUUCAGACCCAACGCGUCGACGGUAUUCUAUCAGAAGUACCUCGUCAACGACACUUUCUGGCGGAGGUCCAGCGGCCGCAAAGGCGGCAGCACUGGGCCGCUGUUCGUGUUCACGGGUGGCGAGACUGACAUUGAGUCGAUCGCCAUCAACGCCGGCUUCAUGUUCGAUAUCGCGCCCAAGUUUGGUGCCCUCCUGGUCUUCAUCGAGCAUCGGUUCUACGGGGAGUCGAUGCCGUUUAGGAGCAACUCAACGGAGGCACUGGGCUACUUGACGUCAACCCAGGCGCUCGCCGACUUUGCCAUCCUCAUCACCAGUCUUAAGCAGAACCUCUCAGCUGAGACAGCACCCGUAGUCGUCUUUGGUGGCUCCUAUGGCGGUAUGCUAGCUUCAUGGUUUAGGCUCAAGUACCCCCAUGUCACCAUUGGGGCCUUGGCAUCCUCCGCGCCAAUCCUACAGUUCGACUACAUAACACCUUGGAGUAGCUUCUACGAUGUUGUCUCGCAAGACUAUAAGUCUGAGAGCUUGAACUGCUUCAGUGUGAUCAAGGCAGCCUGGGAUGUGCUGGAGGAGAGGGGAUCCAAUGACAACGGGCUCCUUGAGCUCAGUAAACUGUUCAGAGCCUGCAAGACUCUGAAGGACGAUGGUUCAAUUCAAAAGUGGCUUUGGACAGCAUUCAUCUACACUGCCAUGUCGGACUAUCCAACACCGGCCAGUUUCUUGGAGAAUUUGCCUGCCUACCCCGUGAAGGAGAUGUGCAAGAUCAUCGACGGAUUCCCUGCAAAUGCGGACAUCCUAGAAAAGGUGUUCGCAGCAGCGAGUUUGUUCUAUAACUACACAGGAGACCAGACUUGCAACCAUAUAGAGGACAAAGACAGCCCCCGUUCUCUUGACCUCAGUUACUGGCGGUGGCAGGCUUGCACAGAGAUGAUCAUGCCGAUGUCAUCAUCAAACGAGAGUAUGUUCCCACCAUCCACCUUCAGUUACGAGGACCGGUUCAAUUACUGUUUCCGGUUUUUCGGGGUUCGACCCAGGCCACAUUGGAUCACCACUGAAUAUGGUGGAUAUAAAAUUGAUAAGGUGCUCAAAAGGUUUGGCAGCAACAUCAUCUUCUCCAACGGAAUGCGAGACCCAUGGAGUGGAGGCGGGGUGCUUAAAAACAUCUCGUCCAGCAUCGUUGCCCUUGUCACAGAGAAAGGUGCUCACCAUUUAGACCUCAGAGGUGCAACCAAAGAUGAUCCAGACUGGGUUAUAGAACAACGGAGACAAGAAGUAGAGAUUAUACAGGGAUGGAUAGAUCAGUAUUAUCAAGACACGGCGCAAGUAUCCUAA